AUAUGUCAAAGGUCAAUAUCAAAAAUUUCAUUCUUUAAAACCCAAAACUUUAUUUUUGAACUAAAUCUAUUCGAAUUAAUGCAUUUCUUUUUACAUAAAGAAUUUCUGCAUUUAAAGUUUUUUUUUAAUUAUUACGUUAUUUAAUCUGCGUGACAUAACCUAAAAAAGUCGGCACAUUCUAACCUAAAAGUGUGAUCAAAAACACCCAAAAAUUGUAUAGAAAUGACUUUAAUUAAUUUCGUAAAAGAUCCGGAACAACCUACGACGGCCGUUGAUCAAAAAAAACAUUCCGAGAAACCGGAAGGUGGAAAUGAAUGGGGUUAUGAUCUUUAUCCGGAACGAAGAGGAGUCCAACACAGCGCGGUACAAGCUUUUAUGAAGGGACGUGAUAAUUUGGAUAGAAUAAGAUGUGAAAGAAACGUUUAUAAAUGCGUUAAAAAUAGCCCUUUAGUUAAACUUAUGAUGAAUGCAUUAAAAAGUUCUGGUUGUUCCUUAGAUAUUCGUAGACACAUCGCUUGUGAAGAAUGUAGCCCAAAAGUUAGUGGAGGAUAUGAUCCCGUUUUAAAUCAAAUAGUUGUUUGCCAAAAUAUUGCUACCGAUGAAGGAUUAGUUCAAGGAGUUUUAUCCCAUGAGAUGGUACAUAUGUUUGAUUAUUGCCGAAAUGAUUUGGAUUUUAAAAAUAUUGAUCAUUUAGCUUGUACUGAAAUAAGAGCGGCCAACUUGGUACAUUGUAGUUUUAUUUCGGCUUGGUUACAAGGAGACGUUUCCGUUUUUAAUAUUAAAGAAGCCCAUCAGAAAUGUGUUAAAAGCAAAGCUUAUCAAUCAGUUUUGGCUGUAAGAAAUGUUACGAAAGAAGAAGCUCGUGAUGCUGUCGAGAGGGUCUUCUCUAAAUGUUAUAACGAUUUAGAACCCGUCGGGAGGAGAUUAAGAAGAAAUUCAAAUGAUAUGUUCAAAGCUUUUGAUGAAGGGUAUUUAUUUGGAUACGAUUAAAUCAAUUAGCUUUGUAUAGUGUAGUUUUUUGUAAAUUAUUUUGAAAAUAAAAAUAUAAUCAAGACAA